AUGACUCCGGGAGAACGCUAUACUAUUAGAACUGAAGCCAAACAAGCUAACCCGUCCAACAUUAUCAUUUCACGUUUAUAUAUAGAUGGGAAAUACAAUGGAAUUCAUUAUCUUCACCAACAAAAGAGCCCAAGAUCAAUAUCGUACUUCGUUAAUUAUGAAAGAAAUAAAGCUUAUUACUUAAAAUUCGCCAGCACAUCUCAAUUUGAUAAAAAAGAUGAUGGUGUAUUCAAAGUCCCUUUUCCUGUUAAUAAACAUCCAAAUAAGCAAAACCAAUUUUUAUAUGGGAAACCCGGAACUAUUACUGCUGGUUUUUUCAAAGGGAUUAUUGUUGACGAAAGUGCUUUACUGAAUAAACCAGAUUUCGAAGUCAAACAAGUAAGGACGCCUGAUAAUAGGGAGAUUGGUUACACCACCGGGUAUGAUGUCAUGGAUGCAACAAUUCAACCUUCCACCGUGACAAAAAUUGUUGAUUGGAAACCCAUGGCUGUGUUACAUCUUAAUUAUCGUUCUGCAGAUUGGCUGGCAAAAAUAUUUCCUUUAUCAUCUAGUACUCAAAAAGAAAUGGAAUUCAGUAAUAACAAUGUCGAUAUGGAACAACCAACAAAGAUCAUGAAAAUUGAUAAAACCUAUGUUGAAAAAAAAAAGAAAUAUAAUAUAGUUUACGGAAUUCCAACAUCAUGUCAAAAAAUCAUAACCGAAAAGUUUGAAAAAAUCAAAAAAAUUGUAGAAGAAAAUGCGGAGAAAUCGAUAGCUAAUAAAGACAACGUUUCGCAACAAAAAAAUAAUUUGAAAAGAAAUCAUAAUAAAAUGAACAAUCAUGAGAAGGAAUCUAUGUAA